UCCCAUGAUGCCUUUCGGCCUGGCCACCGUAAACACAGAAGGCGGAAACAAAAGAGCUCUCCUAAAUGCACAAACCGUAAACCGGCUGCCGGGCAAGGAAAUGAACUACAAUUACUGAUCGUGACACUCUUAUCCGAAUUGAAACGAAUAAAGUCACGCGAAGUUUGUUCAAGUUCGCCUACACCAGUCAACAUGGCACUGAAGAGAAUAAACAAGGAGCUGCAGGACCUGCAGAGAGACCCUCCAGCACAGUGUUCUGCUGGACCUGUGAGCGAUGACUUGUUUCAUUGGCAGGCCACAAUAAUGGGUCCGGGGGACAGUCCUUACCAAGGAGGUGUUUUCUUCCUCACCAUUCAUUUCCCCACCGACUACCCCUUCAAGCCACCAAAGGUAGCGUUUACAACAAAGAUUUAUCACCCAAAUAUCAACAGCAAUGGGAGUAUCUGUUUGGACAUUCUACGGUCGCAGUGGUCUCCUGCGCUAACCGUGUCGAAAGUGCUAUUGUCCAUAUGUUCUUUGCUGUGUGAUCCAAACCCGGAUGACCCUUUAGUUCCAGAUAUAGCACAGAUGUACAAGAACGACAAAGACAAAUACAACAAACUAGCAAAAGAAUGGACCCAAAAGUAUGCCAUGUAACAAGAACAGUUGCAUUCUAAACAUGUUUAUUUUUUUUUUCCUUUAUUUUUAUUUUUUUUUUAAAGUCACAAAACACUGUAAAAUAUAGUAAGGAAUUGAAUAACCUCCAAUCAACAAUAUUCAAUGACAUUUAUCUCAUCAUGAGUCUCAUAGCUGAAAGUAAAGCGGCGUGUUUUGGUGCUUUUUAGUCCAUUUUCAAUUCUCCUUUAAGACCAGCUAUUAGAAACCGCUAUGUAGCAUUCUUGUCAUUUGAUAUGCCAAAUUUGCUUUUCUAAACUUGACUGUAUUUCUGAAAAUUAUAAUGGACUUUUUUUUUUAAAUUUUAUUUCCUCUAACAGUAUAACUUGAACGUAGUUUCAUUUUGUUUUACUUCCUGUAUGCUGAAUGGAAUAAUGAACAGGUACUGUCUCCCUAAACAUCAAAAGCAGUUUUGAAAUCAUCUCAUUGUUUUCUUGUUCUUUACAGUAUUUUAAAAAGUAUACUUAUUUGACUAAUCUGGGAAAAUCAUUGUAAAGCUGCCAUUUUAAAAAAGUGGCUCGUCUCCUCGAGAAUUACUGAUUUUUUAAAUUUUAUUAUUCAAACAUAAGAGAUCAGAUUUUUAGUUCAGUUUUAAGGGGUGUACCUGAAUUGUAUUGACAUUUAGAUUGAUUUCAUUUAAACUCCAGAAAGUGUGAAAAUCUUUUUAUGUUGUUGUUCCUGUACAAAUUCUCACGUUUGUCGCCUACAUGGCAAAUUUUGUACUAAAAUAAAGAAUGGUACAGUCCA